AAGGUUGUCACAUGGCGCAUUUCCCCUCUACUGUAACGACUUCGAACCUCAUUUCCUUAACAGUCUUCCUCAGUCACAAUAUCUGCGCCUCCAUCUGCAACCGACACUCAGAUGCUUCACUUUCUUUGUCUGCCUCCGUGUUCACCAAGGUGACAAAAGACAGUUUCCAUCCAGACAUGACGGGCAACUCCAGCCAGCUUGACAACGCCACGCUGACCCUGUUCCAGAAUGCGAACACCAGCAUCGCCAUCUCCGUCGUCUACAUUAUCGUCACCACCAUCAACCUGACGGGAAACGGCCUCUCCAUGUGGCUGCUCCUCUUCCGUACUUCUCCAAAGACUCCCUCCAUCAUCUUCAUGAUAAAUCUCACUUUCACCGACAUGGCUCUGGGCACCGCCUUACCCUUUCAGAUUUCCUACCAGCUUAAGGGAUAUCAUUGGACUCUUGGGCCAAAGAUGUGCAGUUUCCUGACUCUGGUUUUCUACACCAAUAUGUAUUGUUCCAUCCUGACAAUGAUGGCCAUCGGUAUUGACCGCUACCUGGGGAUCACCAAGCCCAUGUUCUACAGACAAAACAAGCAGAGCAAGUCGAUAGCUGUGUUCAGCUGCUUUCUGAUGUGGGGCUUGGUUCUCUGCGUGCUGUACCCUCUCAUGACCACAGACCUGACCUAUGAUGUUCCUGAACUCGGCAUCACCACGUGUUUUGACGUGCUGAAGAAAUCCAUGCUUCCCUCCGUGUCAGCCUGGGCAGCUUUCCUUUUUAGCAUGGUGUUCGUCCUCUUCCUCUUCCCCUUUUGUGUCACAACUUUUUGCUAUAUCAGUGUGAUAAAGAACCUGGCGAAAUACUCAAAGACAGCUCAGAAAAAGAGGGCGAUCCGCCUGGCCUUUGUUGUUCUAUUGGUGUUUGUGCUCUGCUUUGCUCCCAACAACAUCCUUUUGCUGGCACACAGUGUGCUCCGGCUCUUCUUUAACAAGUCACUGUACAUGGCCUACAAGCUGUCCCUUUGUUUAAGCUGCCUAAAUAGCUGCCUGGAUCCGUUCAUUUACUACUUUGCUUCGAAGGAUUUCAGACAGAAGUUGAGAGCGAUUGUCAAUCUGCAGAACCUGAGUAGUGCAGACUCAAUGAAAAUGGAAAAUAAAGAGAGUCUCUACAGUGGACAUUUAACUUUCGAAGGUUAGAGGGAGCAGUCAGAGAGGUGUCCUCAUACCAGAGUGAAAAAAAAACUUCACAAAGGAAGUAUGUGACAGGGUGUUGAUGACAUUUUUGGUCAACAUUUCAAAAUCCUGCAUAAGUUGGGAAAUAGCUCUUUCUGAUGGCACUUCUACAUUCUACAUAAAAUAAUUUGCUCUUAUGGUUUGAAAGAAUGUGAUACUGCCUUUUUUACUGUUUUAAUAUUUUAAUAUCUACUGCCCACCACCCAUCUAUUUUGUACAAUAUAUGUAGCAUGCACGAGUGUUCAUUAAUGUGAAUAAAAUGUUUUAUUUGCCU